AUGGCGGACCGGGAGAGCGAGGCUGCACGGAUACUCAACCCAGCAGCAUCGGCGUACGACGUGCUGGGUGUUCCGCCGAAUGCGACCCAUGGGCAGAUAGCGGCACGGCACAGAGAGCUGCAGCUCCACUGGCAUCCAGACAGGCAUCCAGACAGGCCCGAUCGGGCAACGCAGAUCUUUCAGAAGAUCGAGCAGGCCUGGGACACGCUUCAGGAGCCAUCUCGCCGCGCUAAUUACGAUCAGGAGCUGCGCCGUCAGGCUGUGUUGAGCCAGGACGCAUUCGCUGGCGAGGGCAGCAUCGGUGCGACGUUGCGGAGCGGUGCUUACGGCCGUAUCUUGGAGGCGAUGGAGGAACUUCCACGAGGCUUGGCCGACGACCUGUUGCUCCCCCAGAUCGUGGUUGUCGGGUCUGAGAGUGCCGGCAAAAGCUCCCUGAUGGAGCGCAUCGCCAUGCAAGCGUUUUUUCCUCGCGCGGAGGGAUUCUGCACGCGCAUGGCGAUACGGUUAAAGAUGAUGCACCGGCCCCACGAGAGCCGAGUCAUGAUUCGUUGCCUGCGCACCUCCAACGGGCAAGUCGCCAUGUUCAACGGCAUGCCCGCAGAGCAGCGCUUCGAGGUCGAUGGUGUCCAGCACACUGUCAUCCAGGGCAUCAUCGAGCGUUUCAUCGUGCAGAUACACGGGCAAGAUGAUGGGCGGAGCGUGCUCACCGACAUCGAGAUCGAGAUCGAAUUUCGCGCGUGCAACGUCCCGACUCUGACGCUCGUUGACCUCCCUGGCAUCGUCAGCAUGCCCGCAGAUGUCCGGCAGCAGACGCUUGAGCUCACGCGCCGCUACUUGCGCGACCCGAACACUCUCGUGCUGUGCGUCAUCAAUGGCAACGAGGCAGCUCUGCGCGGAUCAAGGGCUCUCGAGGAGAUCAGCGAGCAUGCGGUCGUCCGACCAGCCUUUUCCAAGACGAUUGUGGUCACGACGCGGACAGACCUCUGGGUGCACAGCAACGGGCUGGCUACUCUCGCUCGAAGGCUGGCCGAUCCCAAGAAGGAGGUUGGGUGCGAGCCGGUGGCGCUGAUUCCGGUCAUCAAUCGAUUUGGCGACGGCAUCACACUGCCUGACCUGGUCAACGCCGAGCGCGCAAAGUUCGAGGAGUGGCAGGCAACGGAGCCGGGGGCGGGGCUACGGGGCAAGCCGCUUGGCAUCCUCAGCGUACUCAACGCGCUGAAUGACCUCUUUGAGACGCAUAUGAGCGAGGUCUGGGUCCCGCAGGCGAAGAGAAAGCUGUUAGUGCUAAAGGCGGCCACGCAGAAGCAGCUUAGUGAUUUCGGCACCCCACUCUCCGGCUCGACGGCGGAUGCUGAUGCUGUGCAAGAGCGAGCCUCCGGGGUGAUGCGUCAGCUUCUGGAGAGCGAGCUCUACAAUGCGUCGAUGACAACGCUGAACAACUUUGGUGGCGUUAGCGCUGCCGUUGACGCCGCGUCAUCACCUUGGUUGCACUGGCCCAACGCCGACGCAGCUGCGCCUCCCUUUUUGGGGCGGCGUCGUGGCGCCUCUCGCUUGUGCGAUGCAGAGGAUCGGGUCGACAGCCAAAAGCUGUGGAGAGACAACAUCGAUGCUUUCGAUGCAAAGUGGCUCAUCCCAUUCGUGCUACAACAUGUCAUGGCAGACGACACUCCCCCCUUGCGCAUCAAACGCCUUUCUAUGCUUACCCCUUACGCCACGGAGUUCGCCAAUUCACGCAUCAACCAAUGGAGUGCAGACCCCCCUCCGAUCCCGCCCGAUCUGACCGGCGCAAACGCUAAGAGCAAGCUGAUUGACGCGGCAUUUGAGUCUGUGCUCGUCCCGCUGCUGCGCAGCCUGAAUUCGCCUGAGUUCCGCGCCUUUCUUCUCGCCAAACGCGACUGGUUCCAGGAGUCUGCAGCGGUGGCUGCACAGCGGACGGCACUCAACAAACGGAUCAGCGAUAUCGACGUGGCUGACCGGACAUUGGAGGCGGUGGAGGAGGCUGUGCGGCGCCGCUCUGUCCCGCCAGCCAGACCGCCCCAAUGGUAG